CGUAUCUUUCCUCGGCCCACAGCAACGUGCACAAAGGUCAUUAUUAAUUCUGUACUUUCAAAGAACUAUACCUAUCUCCAAUUAUUUAACAAAUAAACAGUGUUGAAAUAGAAGCAUCUUCUACGUCUAAAGGACUUAUAUUAGAAUGUCAACCAGUGCGACUGAAGAUGAAACAAAAGAUAAGCAACUUGCGGCUGUUGAGAAUGAGCCAAAAUAUAAGACCAAUGCAGAGAAUCCUCAAUCGUCAAAGACACGUAUUCAAGAGCUUGAGAAGAAACUUGAAAAGGAACAUGCACUUGUUGUUGAAUUCCAGAAAAAGUUGACUCAAGCUGGAACUCAUCUUAAAUCACUCACACUAGCAAAUGGAAAUUUAACAAAAUCGUUGAAUGAAGAAAAGGCGAAGUACCAGAAAACAGUAGUUGAGCGUAAUGAAUUAGAGAAGAAAUACAAAGGAGAGGAAGAUACCUUGCAGUCAAAAAUGAAAGUUUUGGAAGAAGAGUUGAAAUUGGUCACUGAGGGACACCAAAAAGAAGUGCGCCAAUUAGUCGAAUUGAUAGAAGAAAUAACAGACACAUUUGAUGAAGACAACAGUAAAGGGAAAGGGAAUAAAAAACGGAAUAUACCAGAUGUGUCAACAGCAAAUUUGUUAGAUACUUAUCUGAAGUCAGUUCAAAAGAAACUCAAGACGUUUACUGAAGCAGACAGCUCAAAAGACGACAAAAAACACGAAGAGUGUAAGGAAAGGAUUGAAGAACUGCAAAAACAGUUAGAAGAAUUGAAAUCAGAAGAUCAUAUACCAGCAUUUCGAAGCGCACUAGAAAGCAUUUUAAAAGAUCCUGAAAAUGGAACCAUUGAUAGUAGUAUUCCACCUUCUAUCCUUAUACUUAUUAAACAGCUUCAGGAUACGUUACAGGAGCAACAGGAACAAUUAAAGAAGGCAUCUGAUAAAAACAGAUCAAUUGUAGAAGAAGCGCAAAAAGAUCUCAAACGCCAGAUUACACACUUGAAUAUCACCAUUAAUGAUUUGAAUGAAGAAAAAGAGAAGGUUAUUUCUGAGAAGGAAGAAAUUGAAUCUCAAUUGGAACAGGUAGACAGUCUACAGAAAAGAGUUACAGAACUAGAAGAAGCACUAGCCAAAACAGAAAAGGCCAAAGAGGAAUCUGAGAGCAGAGAAAAACAAUUGAGUAAAGAACAUCAAAGCUUGCUGAGCAAGCUUUCCCACAUUAAAGAAACACUCACUCCUCGACUAGAACAAGAUAAACAGCUGCGUCAACGUGUCAGUGAGCUCAGUAAACAAUUGGAUGAGGCCAAAGAUGAACUUGAACGCUGCCGGUCAGAUAUGUUGACGCGUGAUGAAAUAAACUCUCAUCAAAUCGAGAAGAAGGAUCAUGUCAUUGCUCAACUGUCCAGCCGAUUAGAUAGCGUGCAGCAAGAAAGAGAAGAAUAUGAGUUGAUGAAUAAUCAGUUAGAUGCUGAAUUACAUAGACUUCGUGAAGAAAUAGAAAGCAGUCAGGCGGAAUAUGAGCAGUUGCGAGUUAGGAUGGAAAUUGAGAAAAAGGAGCAUGAAUCAGAAAGAGCAAGUCUAGCCAAUUUGCAGACCGUGUUGGAAGAGUUCCAAGCCACAAAGGAUGCUGAAAUGCAAACAGCUGUAGGGUAUAUUGCACGGCAGUUGGAAGUGGCCAAAAAGGCAUGGGCAGAGUACGAAGAAAGAGCACAUACUGCUGAAACUGCACUUGCAAAAUAUCAACAAAAUGAAGGCAGAGCAGAAAAAUAUGAACAGGAAAUUAAAGAAAAGAACCUCCUCAUUGGAAAAUUACGCCACGAGGCGAUUAUUUUGAAUGAACAUUUGGUCGAAGCUAUGCGAAAAUUAAAAGAGGGAGCCAGUGAAAGCAAUGUGGAUCGUCAGUUGAUUACGAACCUAUUAAUUGGCUUUUUCAAUGCGCCCAGGGGAGAUCGUAAACGUUAUGAUAUUUUGAGCAUCAUAGCUAGUGUACUACAACUAACAGACGAACAAAAGGAGCAAGUGGGGUUAAUUAGGCCCAAAAACGGUUCUUUAGCCAACCAUCAUCUUCCGCUAGGAACGCCUGUCUCACCUACCAUUGAGCCACAAAAAGAAUCUUUUACAGACGCAUGGAUAUCAUUUUUAUUGAAAGAAUCCAGUCCUUUACGACGCAAUCGUUCUGCCGUAUCAUUGUCAUCUACCACUACAUCUGAUGAUCACAAUCAAGUAUCUACUACAGCAAGUCCUAAUAAUACAACUCUAUCUCCUACCACUACAACACCUAUGAACCACUAAUAGCAUUUGUGAUAUAACCAUAUUUAAAAAUAUAUAAGCAGAACAUGUAUUAUAACUUCAAGAGAAUAAAAAUUGCAAAUGUCGUGCACAGACAUAAAUAUACUUCUUGACUGCAUAGUAGCAAAAU